AUGAAGAUUCGCCGUUCCGGCAGUGAUGAUGCUGGUGUGGAUGUGAUGUGUCUUGAGAGGGCCGGCACAGCCUUGGCAGGCGUUGAAGGAUUGCGCGAGAGGCUCAAGGCCGAGGAAAUGCGUCACGCAGAGACAAAGAAAGAGUUGAAGCUGCUGAAGCAGGAAAUCAGCCAACAGAAGGACCGGAUUUGCAAGCUCGAGGACACCGUCGAGCGCCUCCAGGGCACCAUUGACGGGCUCAAGCAGGAGAUGGCCGACAUGAAGAAGACUCACAGUGAGGAGAUGGCCGACAUGAAGAAGACUCACAGCGAGGAGAUGGCCGACAUGAAGAAGACUUACAGCGAGGACAUGGCCGACAUGAAGAAGGCUCACAGCGAGGACAUGGCCGACAUGAAGAAGGCUCACAGCGAGGACAUGGCCGACAUGAAGAAGGCUCACAGCGAGGAGAUGGCCGACAUGAAGAAGACUUACAGCGAGGACAUGGCCGACAUGAAGAAGGCUCACAGCGAGGAGAUGGCCGACAUGAAGAAGGCUCACAGCGAGGACAUGGCCGACAUGAAGAAGACUCAUAGCGAGGAGAUGGACGAGAUGAAGAGAGACCUCUACCUGAAGCUUGACGAGCAGCAGAGAGCACGAGAACAGGACAAGAGGAUUCAUCAGAGCGCUCGCGAGAAAGAUCGCGCCCGGUUUGUGGCCGGUCAAGUCGCGCAUGUCUUCAUCAACCGUUUGGGUUGCAAGUUCUUGGGAGAUGCUGCUUGGAAGAAGCAACGUCGCCAUGUAUCCAACCUGGAUGAACUGUUGGAGAUGAUGGCCGAGAAUGCGGCGCCACUCGAACAACUUUUGAAGGAUAACUUUGGCGACUUGGAUACGGAAGAGAUCUGCGACGUCAUUUACGAGGUCAAGGCGAUGCGGAACCCUUGCGCCCAUCCCGUGUGCCUUGAUCCCGAGCACACUGACAAUCAGUGCGAGUGUAACCCCGACCCGCAGACUUUGAAGGCUGCUGUCCUCAAAGCUGUUCAGAGUCGACAGAAGCGUAUCAUGUCUCUGAUGGUUGAUGUCAAUGACAAGCUGGCGCGAGAGCGCCACGACGUGCGCCAGCUUGAAGUUUUAUAA